AUGCAAGUUUUUUCGCCCAGUAACAAAUUUCAUACUGUUACCAAUAAAACAAUUCACGUGAAACUAUUUAAUGAGAGCAACGGAAAUAUAACAAUAUUUUUUGUGGGGGAUACUUUGAACAAUGUGUCUUCAGAAGAAAAGUUGUCACCUGCACAUUCAGUCAAAAAUUUAAGAGAGGAAAAAAAUAACAACAGUGAUAUAGUGCAAGACAAAAGCUUAAAGAGCAUACUACACAUUGACGAAGACACACUGGAACAUGCCAUUGUUAGUAAAUAUUCAAAGAACGUUUUCCUUGAAAAAAACACCACAACAACCACGAUGCCCUUGAAAAACAACAUCAAUCAUUCAAAGGAUUUUAACAUGACUUUAACGUUACCAACGCAUGCUAGAGUAGUCAUAAGCAAGGAAGGAACACUUAGCACUCACAGGAAUCAAUCAUGGAGUACUACGAAUUUGAAUCAAACACAUGCGGUUGGUCCUUCAUAUGGUCGUUCUCAAGGUGAUGGUGAAUCAAAACAUAAUCUUACUGAGACGUUAAAAAUUCUUAUGCCGAUCAAUUACACAGCAGGAAAUUUACCAGAGGAAUACUUAAAGCUUUUAAGCAACAAUUCAAUUCAUGAUUUUAAUGGAGAGUGGGAAACUCAACCAGCACGAACCUCCGAUAUUAGUUCUCUUUUGAAUACGUUGUCUAUCAACUGGCUAAAAUUUUUUGUGCUAAAUACAUCAUUAAAAGUCUCUAUCAAUACAAUGACCUAUCCAUUGCACAUCAAAAUAACGCCAAAUUUGUUUUUCUCUCGAACGUUUGAAGUUUACGUUAAAUUUAAAGAUGCUGCUUAUGAUUCAUUUACCAGUGUGUUUACUGGAGUUUGGAAAACGCAGUCAGUGUAUAAAGACGGGAGACUUGUCACGGAAGCCUUCAGUGAAAGCAUUGGUAAAAUGGUUCUUAUUGCAGGUGUUUUACGAACAGAUCCACAAAAAGAAUAUAAUUCUCGUAUUCUUUUAGUUCGUGUGACUGUUGAAGCUAACAAGAUAAAAUCACAAGAUAGUAACGAUUCUCAACUAAGCGAAGGUUACUUCUGGUUGAUCCCUAAGAGCUGAAUUUAAAUGCUUACUGGAGCAUGUAAACAUAAAAUAAAAAAAAAAGUUAUAUUAUUUUACUAAUGAGUGCACAGAAGUUCUUUAAACAUAAAUUUUUUUAAUUAUUAAACGCUUCAUUAACAAAAACUUUUUUAAAAAUACUGUUCUUCUAGUAAACAAGUUGAA